AUGUGGGUCAAACAAGUCAAUCAACAAGAUCCCACUCAAGCCAAAGUUUUACAAACACAACAACGAAAUGAUGAUGAUGAUUUAAUAAUGCAAUUAAAUGGAAUCAAUUUAAGUCAUAUUUCACGUUGUUCUUCAUUGAAUGCGACAGUUAGAUGUUUAGUUCGUACUGCAUAUGGUGAAAUAGCAUCAUUCAAUGAUUUAGCUUCAGGUGAAUUUGAUCUCAUUUUGACUUUUCUUGCUCGAAUUCAUCAAUUGAAUGUUGCAUCAGUCUUUGCAGACAGUCAAUCAAUCAAAAACUCUUUACAACAAAUGAAGCACGACGUCAACAAGAAAAAUUCCUCAACUAGAUCAUCCAUUACAGUAUCAAAACGAGGAACUUCGACAACAGUUCAACCAUCGUCAUUAUUGAAUCAAGAAGAUGAUGAUGAUGACGACAAACUUUGA